AUGACUGCUGAGGGUCCAACAGAUGAUGCCUUGCAUACUAUCAAUCUCGUCACACAAUAUAUCUGUAUUCCAAUCGUGACUAUCUUUGUGGCGUUGCGAUUCUAUACCCGGUUUCGAUUCAAGCAAUCUCAAGGAGUUGAAGAUCUUGCCUGUCUGAUUUCUUGGCUCUUAUUUAUGGGAUAUUGUGGAAUCUCCAUUGUCCUCGGUCACAAUGGCGGAGGAUACUACUUUAACGAGCUCAGCCCCAAUAAGCAAAUAUCAUUCAGAAAGUUCUGCUAUAUUGCGACCAUUCUCUACUGUCCUAUGGCGCUCUUCGUCAAAAUCGCCCUCCUAUCGAUUCUCACACGCAUCUUCGCCCCCUACCGCGGCAAAGUCUGGUUCAUCUAUAUCUUCCUCGGCUGCUUAUGCUGCUACUACACCGUCGCUCUGGUUGUCAAGAUCUGCAUGUGUAAACCCAUUCCCAAGUACUGGCUCGGUGAUGAGGUAGAGGGAAGCUGUCUGGACCAGAAUGCUGCUCUCAUCGCCGACUCCGUGAUUAGUGUCGUCAGUGACCUCAUUAUCCUCCUUAUCCCAUUGCCAUUGACAUGGUCCUUGCAAAUGUCGCGCAAUCGAAAGCUGCGCGUGAUAGGUAUACUUGGCGCUGGUGGACUGGCCACCGCAUUCAGUCUUUACCGCCUGGUCAUCGUCGUGAAAGGCUCAAGGGAUGAGGGCAUCAUGUUCGUUUCUGUCAUCUUAUCUGGCAAUGCAGAGGGAGGUGUUGGAUUGAUCUGUGCCUGUCUACCUGUCCUCAAUGUUAUGUUGGCCUAUUAUAUGAAGAACUACGGGUCGCAGAAAUAUUACGAGGACGGCGGCUCUACCCAUCCGUUGAGUGAUAGAAAGUCAGCCCCGGCUUCGAAUGUUGCGACUGACUGGGACAAGGCGACAAACUUUGGUGACCAGAGUCACCUGAUUUCAUUUGCUGGUCCCCCGGAGACUGGCAAGUCCAGCAUUCACACCCAAGACGGCAUCAGGAAGACGGUGGAUGUAUCACAGACCGUCGAGACAUCUUAA